AUGGGUAGGAAAAUACGCAGCAAUCUCCCUAUCACAGGAUUAACUCUAAAUCCAGCAACGCCACCCAAUGUUAAAGACAUAAAGGAGCAGGAAAAAAACAAUCAAAAACUCUAUCAUGAUCAGCAUGCAGAGAAACUCUCAGUACUAAUUCCAGGAGAUCGUGUCAGAGUAAGACAGGAUGCGAAACCCCGCUGGAAAGACAAAGGUGAAGUGUUGAAAAGAGUAAUGCCUAGAUCGUAUAAUGUAAAAACGGGAAACGGAGCAGUUCUUAGACGCAAUAAGAGAGACUUAUUAAAGAUACAGGAGAAAGCGAAGGAUAGCACAGAGAAGGAAAAGGCACAGGCAAUGGAUUUGGCAGGUCGGAAGAAACACCAGGUAAACACAAAGAUCUUAGAUAAGAAGCCUGAAAUAAAAGCAAGCGUGGGCACUAAAACCAGAACAGGAAGGGAGAUAAAAAACCCAGACAAACUCUCGCUGUAG